UGCAGAUCGCCCCACAGAUUUCACUUCGAGAUCAACGGCGCUUUACAAGUUGGAACAAUCACGGGAUUCUCCUGCUGUUUCGGUCCCACUUGAAUUUGAAUAGUGCUCCUGGGUCGCUAACUUCCUGAAUGGCUAAAGAAUGCAGAUCAAACUGAACGACACCUACUUCAAUCCUGUUUUUAUGAUCAGCGGGUUCCCACAGAGCUCUCUUCUUGGUCCUGUGCCCUUCAAAAUCUACACCAAUGAUAUUCCAUCUGAGCUUCAGACUGAUUGAUUCAUUGUGGCAUCUGCGCAAUGUGUCAGUCCAACACUAGUCAGUCACCGAUUGAGCUGUUCCUAUUGGUUGGAUCCACCAGCGUCAGUGUGUUUGUGUGUCGAUUACCGCCAGCUAAGCAUUAAUUAGACUGUCUGAACUUAUGCGAAGCCUUGUCUUUGUGGCGACUCAAUACAUUCUGUGCAUUGCUGAAACUGACAUGUUCUACUUUCGUGCGCUACGGACCGAACACUACGUUCUACCAAGUGUCGUGAUUCAGUACUCGCCCAGUUGUAACACUCAUGUAUGCUGAUAAUCUUAAACUGUGGCUAGAGGUGUCCAAGCUUGAUGAUGCUGAUUUACUACAGAGAACGCUAGACCGGUUGCACUGCUGGUCAGUGGAGAGGCAGCUACCCAUUAACCAUGCUGUGUUCUGUCCUCCCAAUUGGUGCCCUGGACUCCUUUGGUGUUUAUCACGUUGGGGUGCUUCCUGUUCAGGAACGCAACCUUGGAAAGGGAUCUUGGAGUUCUUGUCUCGCCAAACCUACGCACGACUCAAGACACCUCAAAGAAAUUUACCGCUGCUAAUAGGAUGCUCCUUUUCCCAUAUGACUCUAGACAUAUUCCGACUUCUCUUCAGCUCUCAUGUUCGACAAAUUCUUGAGUACAGAUUGCCAGGAUCCUAUCUUCAUGAAAAGCGAAUGCGUACCGAUAAGGAAGUUCAUCGGCGGGGAUCGAAAUCCGUCGUAACACUUCGGAACCUGUCUUACUCUAAUCACCUUCAAAGGACAAAUUUUUUCUGCUUGGGGUCUCGUCGUCGCCGUGGUGCCUUGAUUUACACGCGAUGUAUUCUCCGAAGUGUGAUGAGAGAUGAGGUACAAGAGUUCUCUCUUUUUUGUGCGGAUAGUUCGACAAGAGAUCACGGUAUGAAACUGUUUAAACCAAGGAGGUUUCGGGUUCGCUCUGAUGUCACUUUGUCAACUCAUGUGAUGAAUGAUUGGAACAGUUUACCUGAGCUAGUCAGUAUGCAAACAGCGGAAUCUUUCCAACGAUUGCUAGACAUCUGUUUGCUGGAGAAGCAUGGAUCUUAUAGUGUUCACUGUGACCGCAAUGUUCUCUUGUGCAACACUUCGCAUCAACUCACAUGCUCCCUACAUUGAGCGGGAAGUAGUGGGGCUGACAAAGGCUUUCCUUUCUGCUCUCUACA